GGAAGAUCCCUGUACAAUGAUGGAGAAAAUGGAAUCCUGAGACCGUCCCCAACUAUUCAAGCGAAUUUGUGAGAAUAAAACUACGAAAGUCCAAGAUAACGAAUAACGACACAAAUACAAGACAGAUUAUCCAUAGCAGCUGGAUCGUGGUGACUCAGCGAUAGACAGCGUUUAUCUCCCGACUUCAUUCUCUUCGACACCUGAUGGAGGGCUCCGACAGUUCCGAGCCGGGCGCCAGUGACCAACCAGAGGCCCAGCGCAGGCGGCAGCGGGCCCGGCUAGACCGGGAGGAGGCCUUCUACCAGUUUGUCAACAACCUGAGUGAGGCGGACUACCGGCUAAUGAGAGACAACAACCUGCUGGGUACCCCAGGUGAGAUCACAGCGGAGGAGUUGUUGAGUCGGCUGCAGCAGAUUAAGGAUGGGCCAGAGCAGCCGCAGCCUAGCAUCAACAGCACUGAGACUGGAGAAGGAGAACCGGCAGAAGGUCCAGAGGACCCGUCUAACGGCGACACCCUCUUAGAUUGGCUGAACACCGUCAGGCGGACAGGCAACACCACCCGCAGUGGUCACCGAGGCAACCAGUCGUGGCGAGCGGUGAGCCGGACCAACCCAAACAGCGGAGACUUCCGGUUCAGUCUGGAGAUCAACGUUAACCGUAACCUGGCCGAGCAGCAGGCCCGCGCCGAGGGGGAGACAUUGGAGGGGGAGGGGGAGGCUCAGGAGGAAGCCCCAGCAGGAGCACCUGGCAAUGGGGUGGAGGCAGGUGUCGGAGUGGAGGUCCAGCCUGAGGCAGGGACGGAGGCAGGGACGGAGGCAGGGACGGAGGCAGGGACGGAGGCAGGGACGGAGGCAGGGACGGAGGCAGGGACGGAGGCAGGGACGGAGGCAGGGACGGAGGCAGGGACUGAGGUGCCCAUGGAGACAGGAGAGGUGCUCAUGGAGACAGGAGAGGUGCUGGAGGAACCAGUUGUGGAGGAGCUGGCUGUCAUAGUGGAACCAGAAGCGGAGAUGGAGCCAGAGGCUGAAGUAGAAGCAGAGAUGGUACCAGAGUUAGUAGUAGAGGUGGUCCCACAGCCCCCCAGCCCUGCCGCCACCACCCCUCCUGUCUCCAGCCCUGCCACCACCACCCCUCCUGUCUCCAGCCCUGCCACCACCACCCCUCCUGUCUCCAGCCCUGCCACCACCACCCCUCCUGUCUCCAGCCCUGCCACCACCACCCCUCCUGUCUCCAGCCCUGCCACCACCACCCCUCCUGUCUCCAGCCCUGCCACCACCACCCCUCCUGUCUCCAGCCCUGCCACCACCACCCCUCCGGUCUCCAGACCAGCCAGUCCCGUGGUGCAGGCCAUCCCGGCCCCAGCCACUCCCAGCCCCCCCCCUGAGGAGCCUCCGCGACGGGGUCAGAGACGAGCCCGCAGCCGUAGCCCCGAGCAGCGCCGGACCAGGGCUCGCACCACACGGAGCCGUUCCCCUCUCACCCUGGACCACCUGGACGGCCUCCCCCACCAUGUACCCACCGUCGCCCCCUCACACAGCCCCGCCUCCCCGCCCCCUCAGGCCGCUGCAGAGGGAAGCUCACGGACUCGACAGCACGUUCCGUUCCGGCAGAGCACCGCAGACUAUGAGGCCCAGUCAGCCGGAACAGGGUUUGACACAGGGUCUGGGACCACCCCAGAGCCCCCUACCGCCCCACCCCAGGAGGGAGCAGCAGGACCACGCCCCCCCACCAUCAUGCUGGACCUGCAGGUGCGUCGCGUGCGUCCAGGUGAGUACCGCCAGAGGGACAGCAUUGCUAACAGAACCCGCUCACGCUCCCAGAACUCCAACAACACCUUCCUGUACGAGAGUGAGAGGGGGGGAUUCCGCAGGACCUUCUCCCGGUCAGAGCGUGCAGGUGUGAGGACAUACGUCAGCACCAUCCGGAUCCCCAUCAGGAGGAUCAGUGACGCAGGGCUGGGAGAGGCCACCUCUAUGGCUCUACAGACCAUGAUACGACAGAUCAUGACCGGCUUCGGAGAGCUCAGCUACUUCAUGGACUCAGACUCGGACUCCUCGGACUCAAACCGUGGCGCCGGUAACCCCACCGGCGCUGCCGACCUGGCCGAGGCGCUCAACACUCCCGAGGGGGGAGUAGCCGGCAUGGCGGUGGGGGCGGAGCCUCCUGUCUCCGUGGGCGGGCCUAGUGUGGGAGGAGCCGGGGAGGCAAGGACAGAGGAGAGGGAGGGGGAGGAGGGGGUUGGUCUAGGUCUGGCCCCAGGGAUAGGUUUAGGGGUGGGGGGUAGAGCUCGGCCCCGCGCCCCCAUCAGUCUGGAGGAACCAGGGUCACUGCCCUUCCUCCGCCUUGCUCACUUCUUCCUCCUGAAUGAUGAGGAUGAGGAACAGCCCAGAGGACUCACCAAGGAGCAGAUCGACAACCUCUCCACCAGGAACUUUGGGGAGAGUGAUGCUCUGAAGACCUGCAGUGUGUGUAUCACAGAGUAUGCUGAGGGGAACAAGUUGAGGAAGUUACCCUGUUCCCAUGAGUACCAUGUUCACUGUAUCGACCGCUGGCUGUCUGAGAACUCCACCUGUCCCAUCUGCCGCAGGGCCGUGCUGGUGUCUGCUAACCGGGAGAGUGUGGUCUAACCGGCAGGGUCAGAGGUCAGGGGUCACCGGGCCAGGCGGCCAACCACUGCUCCCGACGGACAGCUCCAGUGUAUAACACCGUUUCAGUUCUGCAGGCCUUUCUCCUAGUCAGGCCAUUUACAUUGUUCCGGUUUUCUUUUUAAGCCAUCAGUGAGUUUUUAUCCAACUGACAUGCCGGUGUUUGGACAGACAGACGGAAAGUCAGACAGAGAGACGGACUGACAGGAAGGAAGGAAGUGUCCUUAUAGACUCUGUAGGAAGAGACAUGAGAAAGAGAUGCCACUGUCCCCUGUUGGCCAACAGACCCCACUCUCCCUUACCUGUCUUACCCCAAAAGGGACUCCACUGUCCCCACCUGACCCUGCUCUCCACCUGAAAGACUAACUGCAUUUAUCAAUACUCUGGAACGGCUCACAGACUGUCAGUGUGUCAAAGCUUGCUGAAUUAGUUUUUAAGUUAAAAAUGUAGAAUGUUGUACAGUCUUUAAUGGGGAGAACACAAGAUGUGACGGACUUGGAUUCAGUUUGGAAUUCUUAGCUAUCAGUUUAUUUGGAAUCGUAUUGCAUCAUAUUCAGGACAUCGGACCAAUAGUACUGAUUAUUGAUUAUGAAUUGUGUUGAAGCGUCGUUGAGAUGGGAUGUGGGCAUUUAGUCUAACUCCAGCCCAUCACAUGCCCUCUGACAGUGUUUCAUCAUGACCUGGCCUUUAUCCACAAAGCAUCUCCCAGUAGGACUGCUCAUCUAGGAUCAGGCCAUAUAAUCUGAUUCAUUAUGACCAACUGAUCCUAAAUCAGCUUUGUGGAUCCGGGCCCUGAAUGAUAAUCAAGCUCCUAGUGAAUCUAACCCUGUGAUGUCACCAUGACAACCUGUUGGUUCUGCUGCAAUAUCACCAGGAAGUGAACAGACGGCUGCAUUAUGGCUCCGUCCCAAACGCCACCCUCUACAUAUACCCUCUAGGACUCUGAUCUGAAGUAGUGCUCGAUAUAGGGAAUAAGGCCAUCUGGGAAUCACUUUGAUGGUUUCCAUGUGUUGUUGCAUGAAGGAUCUGGAUUUAGACCCCGGCCAGGCCAGGUUAGACCCAGGCCAGGUUAGAGCCAGGCCAGGUUAGAGCCAGGCUAAGUUAGACCCAGGCCAGGUUAGACCCAGGCCAGGUUAGACCCAGGCCAGGUUAGAGCCAGGCCAAGUUAGACCCAGGCCAAGUUAGAGCCAGGCCAGGUUAGAGCCAGGCCAGGUUAGACCCAGGCCAAGUUAGAGCCAGGCCAAGUUAGAGCCAGGCCAGGUUAGACCCAGGCCAGGUUAGAGCCAGGCCAAGUUAGAGCCAGGCCAAGUUAGAGCCAGGCCAAGUUAGAGCCAGGCCAGGUUAGACCCAGGCUAAGUUAGAGCCAGGCCAGGUUAGACCCAGGCUAAGUUAGAGCCAGGCCAGGUUAGACCCAGGCUAAGUUAGAGCCAGGCCAGGUUAGACCCAGGCUAAGUUAGAGCCAGGCCAAGUUAGACGCCGGCCAGGCCAGGUUAGACCCAGGCCAGGUUAGACCCCGGCCAGGCCUCUGUCCUCUGUCUAGGCCUAGAACGUCUAGCACCAAGAGUCUUCUUCAUAUCUGGAACACCAGUGCAAUAAUAACUACAAAGUGGAAAACCUGAAAGAAAACUAGGGAAAACAAAGCGUAAUAUUCUAAACUUGUAUAUUAUUAUUUCUAAAAUAUUGUAGACUGAAUAUUCACACUUAAAAUGAAGACUUGUUCCCUUUUUAAAAUGUGUUAAGCUUUUUAUUUUCUAGAGCUUGGUUCUUUCUGUACAUUCCGAUAGCACUAUUUCUUGGCGAGCGGUGGGACUGUAGGAUGCUAUAGGUUGGCUGUACGUGCAGACGGAGGGAGGGAGCGUUCUAUGCCAUGAUGACAUCACAUUAUUCUAUAGGUUCCAUGUGUUCUCACGGUUGCCGUCAUUACCUCCUCCCUGUAUAAAUAAAGUUUUGGGUGGUUGAAGCUCUGUUAUUGUUGAUAAUGACCAGCUGUAAAUUAAAUGUAUUCUGUCUUUCUGGCAGCGCUUCCCUACUA